AUGAACAUCCCGAAGGAGGACAGCCUCGCCAGCCGAUCGAUAGAUGUUACCAUACAACUUGAUAGGGACCGAAAAAUGAAGGUCGUAAAAAAGGUCGUAAGGAACGUUGUAAAAAAUGUGAAUUCCUGCGACAUCCUCAUGAACCAAAGUGGCAACUACCACUCGAGCGAAAGAAAAGAAACAGAUGAAUCCCUCAACGAAGGAAUGAAAAUCUACCUACAGUAUUUCCAAAGAAGGAUGGCAAAAUAUAGAGACACUAAUAUCUAUGAGGUAUACACCUUAGAACAGGUCGAAGAGAAGAUGAAAGAAGCAGUGACAGACGUUGUUAGCCUCACCAACCUUCACUACGAAUAUGCAUACCUCUUUUUAAAGUCGUACAAUUUUAAUUCAAACGAUUUUAUCGAAGCGUGGUUUAGGAACCCAAAGGAAGUGCUCACAAAGGCACACAUGUCUCACCUGAGGGAGGAAGACCUCUGUGCAGAUUAUGCGAAUGGUGAGACCGCUCCUCCAGUAGUAGCACCCACCACUGACAUGACUAUAUCAACAGAAGAGUUCCCCUCUGAAAAAGUUGCUCAGACGGAGAGAGGCACCAAAUAUACAUGCCCAAUUCUACUUAACGAAUAUGACCUACAAGACACACACGCACUCAAAUGCGGACACCGGUACUCCAAGCAAUGCUGGAGAGGCUACCUCCAAACAGCCAUCGACAACGAAUUUUACGAAAAUAUAAUAACUAAAAAAUGCAUAGAACCAAAAUGCCAAGAAAUCAUCAUGAGGGAAGAUUGGAAAAACAUCUCCCACCCAAGCAAUGACCUCCUUGCACAAUACGAAAAGAUCCUACUUAAGAUAUUCAUAAAGAGUAACCCUAGUUUAAAAAAAUGCCCACGUGAUAAAUGUGCGUAUGUUAUCGAAUCUGUGAUGCUACCCGACAACGGAGUCAUUUGCAAAUGUGGAUACAACUUCUGCUUCAACUGCACGGAAGAAUUUCACAGACCCGUCACCUGUUCUGUCAUUAAACAGUGGAAUGAUCUGCUAACGAAGGGUGAACAUAAUAUUAAGUGGAUUCGUUCCCACACAAAGCAAUGCCCCAACUGUGCCAAGGCGAUUGAGAAAACGUCCGGCUGCAUGAACGUGAAGUGCAUCUGCGGGUUCAGCUUCUGCUGGUUGUGCUUGCAACCCUGGGCGCACCACAAGGGGGGCUUCUACCAGUGCAAUCAGUACGUCACGCGGAGGGGGGCAUUAAAUGGAGCACAAGAUGAUCUACAACAUGACGCAACAGAUGACGCAAACGAAAUGUCCAAGGACACCCCUGACGAGGCGCCCACCCUCACACCGCAGAGCCGCAAAAGCGCGCACGAGGCGCUUCACAAAUUCAGCCACUUCAAAACACGAUUCGAUGCCCACCAGCAUGGAGAAGAGUUUUCCAUAAAAACGCAGCUGCUAUUCCUUUCCCAGUUUUGCACCUCCAAUAACAUCGAGCCAACGCAUCGCAUACAUCAUUUUGAGGAUUCCAUCAUACAAACCAUUAGAUGCAGGAAGAUGCUCAAGUGGUCCUACGCCUUCGCCUACUUUGCCACUUGGGAGGAUGAGAAUAAAAAAUAUCUCUUCGAGUACCACCAAGGACAGCUAGAAAAAAACUUAGACAUUUUACAAAAAAAAACGGAGAGUGUAAAUUUGGCUCAUUUUCUGACCACCAAUUUGGACGUCAAAGUUGUUCGUGAAGUGGAGGAGUUAACCAAUACAGUCGAUGUGUUUUUUAAAAAUAUUUGCGACUUUAUGGAGAGCACCUUUAGCUCCUGUGCUGAGAAACGCUUAGGUUGA